UUUUUUUUUUUUUUUGGGAGAAAAAACCUUUUUUGUUGAACUUUUCAGGCCUUAAAUUGUUGUCAUUCUUUUUGUCUGCGUUUCUUUUGGUUUGUUUCUCAUAGAGCAAGAGAGAGAGAGAGAGAGAGAGAGAGAGAGAGAGGAAGAGGAAGAAUGGAGAGAGCGAUGGUCGUGGGUUUGGUCAUAGUGUUGUCCGUGUUGGUCCAUUCAGAUGCCGCCGGAGAAGAAUGUUUUGAUGUUCGUCAACAUAUUUCCACGGUUACCAGAUACGGUGUCGUCAAGGAUGUUGCUGACAAUUCCUUUGUAGCUUCGGAAAUUCCAAAUGGAUGUACUCCUAUCCACCUCAACCUUGUGUCAAGGCAUGGAACUCGUUCUCCUACUAAGAAACGGAUUAGGGAGUUAGACAACUUGGCAGCUCAUCUGGAACUACUUUUGAAAGAUGCAGAAGAACAAAAAUUGUCUUUACAGAAAAUUCCUACCUGGUUACGCAAUUGGAAAUCUCCUUGGAAAGGAAAAGUGAAGGGUGGAGAAUUGAUCAGCAAAGGAGAGGACGAACUGUAUGAUCUCGGGACCAGGAUUAGAGAAAAAUUUUCAGAUUUAUUUAAUGAUGAAUACCACCCAGAUGUGUAUACAAUGAAAGCAACUCAGGUUCCUCGGGCAUCGGCUAGUGCCGUAGCAUUUGGCAUGGGGUUGUUUUCUGGGAGAGGAAGUCUAGGACCAGGGCACCAUCGAGCUUUUGCUGUAAGCACUGAAAGCCGUGCAAGUGAUAUAUUCCUGCGGUUUCAUGAUUGUUGUGAAAAUUAUAAGGACUUCAGGAAACGUCAGGAGCCUUUUGUUCAUAAGCUUAAGGAACCUUUCUUUGAUGAGAUCACCUCUGCUCUAGUGCGGCGCUAUGAGUUGAAUUUUACAAGGCAGGACACCUCUUCUCUCUGGUUUCUGUGCAAACAGGAAGCAUCCUUGUUGGAUAUAACUGAUCAAGCUUGUGGUCUUUUUAGUCCCUCUGAGGUUGCUUUGCUGGAGUGGACAGAUGAUUUGGAAGUGUUUAUAUUGAAGGGUUAUGGUAAAUCAUUGAAUUAUCGAAUGGGGGUGCCAUUACUUGAAGAUGUUGUGCAAUCCAUGGAGCAAGCUAUUCAGGCCAAGGAAGAGAACCAUCCUCCUGGAAGUUAUGAAAAGGCAAGGUUAAGGUUUGCUCAUGCAGAAACUGUGGUUCCAUUUUCAUGUCUGCUCGGACUUUUUCUUGAAAAAUCUGAAUUUCAACAAAUACAGAGGGAACAACCCUUGCAACUUCCUCCUAAGCCACCCCAAAAAAGAAAAUGGAGGGGAAGCACUGUGGCACCUUUUGCGGGGAAUAACAUGCUGGUUCUAUACAGCUGUCCAUCUAAUGCUAACACUUCAAGCAAUUACUUUGUGCAAGUACUGCAUAAUGAGCAUCCCAUUCCAAUGCCAGGUUGUGAUGGUUCUGAUUUCUGCCCGUUUGAAGAUUUUAAGGAAAGAAUAGUUGCUCCUCAUUUGAAGCAUGAUUAUGAUACAGUUUGCAAUGCAAAUGUGGAAACAGAAGUGCAGAUGCCUGCAACCAGUAAGUUAUCUCUACUGUUCCGUUGGCUCUUGUCAAUCUUCUCGCCGGGGAAAGACGAUAAACGGUCCCAAAAAGAUGAAUUGUAGUUUGUUUUUUUACAAGAAAGAAAGGAAUAUUUCUUAAAUGCUUUGUAUCCUUAUUGGGACUGCCUUGCAUGAUUUUCAGCUACGACCAGCUCUUCCUUCUAGCUGACCUGACUUCCACUCUGGAUCGAUAUCAUUGCUAAUUUGGAAACCUGUUUUGUACCCCGUCUGAGUUUUCAGUUACGAAUUACGAUCCCUUUGUCUCAGAUCGGAAUUUUGAAGUAUCAGGGGCCAGGGAUAGAGUUCUUAAUUUUGCAUUUUAAUUUGUCUAGUAGUUUUGCUCCUGGCACAAAUUUUACUGGCUCAAUGGAGUAAUGUGCUCGUGGAGAGAAACAUGGUUGUAUUAAAACUUAUUUUGUCUGCCUUAGGUCAUAUUUGUUGUAUUCGUAGAAAGUCUGAUAUCUAUAGAUUUCAUUCUCCUUUAAAAAUUCUUAA